UCUCUCUCGCUUUUAUAUGCCCAAAUUUCCCAUUUACUUCUUUUUAACGUCACUCUUCUCUUCCCUUUUCUUCCCAUCUAUUUUUAUUUCUGUUGACAGUCACCAAUCUUUUUUUUUUUUUUUCUCUUACCGGAGAUUUUUUUAAAAAUCAGACAUAAAACGAAUAAUAUCUCUUCUAUUUUUCUUUCCUAUAUUCCCUUCUCUGAAAAUACAAUUGGUUACUAGAAAAAAUCAUUUUCUCUUUGCACAUAAGUCAACUCUCUCUCUUUCUUUCUCUCUUUCUUUUAUCACUUCUUCUCAUUCUUCUUCUUUCACCUUCUCUUUGGAUUUUCUUCCAUUGAUGAACAACAACAAAUCAAUCUCAUCUUGCGUCUUCCAUUGAAUUUGAAACUCCUAAGAGAAAAUUUGGGGAUAACAAAGUUUUCCGAUGGGUAACGGAGUAACAAAGUUGAGUAUGUGUUUCACAGGCGGAGGAGCAGGAGGAGAACGUUACCGGCAAAAAGACAUCUCCGUUCUUCUUCCGGAUCCUUUAGAUGAAGGUUUAGGUCACUCCUUCUGCUACGUCCGUCCCGACCCGACUCUAAUCUCUUCCUCAAAGGUCCAUUCGGAGGAUGAUACAACGACGACCACCUUCCGUACAAUCUCCGGCGCUUCCGUAAGCGCCAACACUGCGACUCCUCUCUCCACUUCUCUCUACGAUCCGUACGGUCACAUCGACCGCGCCGCCGCAUUCGAGAGCACCACUAUGUUUUCUUCUAUCCCUCUUCAGCCGAUCCCCAAAAGCUCCGGUCCGGUCGUUUUAGGCUCGGGUCCGAUCGAAAGAGGGUUCCUUUCAGGUCCGAUCGAGAGAGGGUUCAUGUCGGGUCCUCUUGAUCGGGCUGGGCUGUUCUCAGGCCCGCUUGACAAGCAAAACUCCGAUCAUCAGUUCCAACGUAGCUUCUCUCAUGGUUUAGCUUUACGGGUCGGGUCAAGAAAACGAUCUUUAGUUCGGAUCCUCCGCAGAGCAAUCUCCAAGACGGUUUCAAGAGGGCAAAACUCGAUCGUUGCUCCGAUCAAAUCCGUUAAAGAUUCCGACAAUUGGGGAAUCAGGUCGGAGAAAAGCCGAAACUUGCAGCACCACCACAACGAGAAUCUCACAGUGAAUAGUUUGAACUUUAGCAGCGAAGUAAGCUUAGACGACGACGUUUCGCUCGAAAGCCAGAAUCUUCAGUGGGCUCAGGGAAAAGCCGGUGAGGAUCGAGUACACGUGGUUGUAUCGGAGGAGCACGCUUGGCUCUUCGUCGGAAUUUACGACGGAUUCAACGGUCCAGAUGCGCCGGAUUAUCUUCUCUCUCAUCUUUACCCUGUGCUACACCGAGAGCUUAAAGGGCUGCUAUGGGAUGAUUCGAAUGUCGAAUCCAAAUCUCAGGAUCUAGACAGGUCUAAUGGAGAUGAAUCGUGUUCAAAUCAGGAAAAUAAUGAUUCUUGUGAGCGACGGUGGAGGUGUGAGUGGGAUCGUGAAAGUCAAGAUCUUGACCGUCAAUUAAAGGAACAGAUCAAUCGGAGAAGUGGCGGGUCGGAUCGGUUGACGAAUCAUUCAGAAGUUUUACAUGCUCUGUCACAAGCUCUGAGGAAAACAGAGGAAGCGUAUCUAGAUACUGCAGAUAAGAUGCUCGACGAAAAUCCUGAACUAGCUUUAAUGGGUUCUUGUGUUCUUGUGAUGUUAAUGAAAGGUGAAGAUAUUUAUGUGAUGAAUGUUGGUGAUAGUAGAGCUGUGCUUGGUCAGAAGUCCGAGCCAGAUUACUGGUUAGCUAAGAUUAGACAGGAUUUGGAACGGAUCAACGAAGAAACCAUGAUGAACGAUUCGGAAGGUUGCGAGGGUGAUCAAUCAUCUUUAGUCCCUAACUUAUCGGCUUGUCAGCUCACUGUUGAUCACAGCACGAAUAUAGAAGAAGAAGUUGAGAGAAUCAGAAACGAGCACCCGGAUGAUGCUACCGCAGUGACGAAUGAACGGGUUAAAGGCUCCUUGAAGGUCACAAGAGCGUUCGGUGCCGGUUUCCUAAAGCAGCCUAAAUGGAACAAUGCGCUUCUUGAGAUGUUCCAAAUUGAUUACGUAGGGAAGUCUCCAUAUAUCAACUGCUUACCGUCUCUCUACCACCACAGAUUAGGGUCCAAGGACCGGUUUCUAAUACUUUCAUCAGAUGGACUCUACCAAUACUUCACAAACGAAGAAGCGGUUUCAGAGGUUGAGCUCUUCAUCACAUUACAACCUGAAGGAGAUCCUGCUCAGCAUCUUGUGCAAGAGCUUUUGUUUAGAGCUGCUAAGAAAGCUGGUAUGGAUUUCCAUGAAUUGCUAGAGAUACCACAAGGUGAACGAAGACGGUACCACGAUGAUGUAUCAAUAGUAGUGAUCUCUUUAGAAGGAAGAAUGUGGAAAUCUUGUGUAUAAGAAGAUAAACAAGUCCUUAUGAGCAUACACGCAAAACAAAAUGGGUGUGUUCAUGGAGGAAGAGAUCGAUCUCUCAUCGGCUCUGCAUCAUGUAUAAUGUUGAUAAACACAGAAUAAACAAAAACAAAAAAAAAAAGUUUUGGCAACUACAUAUUUAGGAGUCUCUCUCUCGGUCUAGUGUGUGUCAUUAAAUUAGUGGUCAAAGGUUGGUUCUUCUUUGAAUGUAAGUUUCUUCUUCCAACUACUAACUGUAUGUGAAUAGAGAAGUAAAUGAAGGAAUUGAAAGAGGUUUGGUUAUUGGUA